AUGCCUCUCCCAUCAUCGCAAUCGUCGGCCUCGUCUUCUCCGAGCCUGAAGCGGAAACAGCCAACCAUCGCGAGCUUUUUCACGAAGAAGCCAUCCGGAACUCAGCAAAGGCCCCCUAGUGGAGAUGAUGAUAAGGAUGUGAUAAAGAACGGGGAGCAAGAAGACACUUCCGAGAGGAAGAAGGACGAGAAGGCAAGAGAUGAGAAUGGGUUGACGGACGAUGACGAAGAUAUUGUGGCACCGGUCUCGAAACGAGCCAGAACGAAGGGAUCAUCUUCGAAAGAUACCAGUGGAAGCCCGACCAUCGAGCGCUCUGCCCAUUUCGAACCAGCCCCGCCAUCAAGUGGCAGUCAACGAACCAAACAAUUUAAAUUUAACAGUUCAGCGCCUGACUCUGGGCUGCAACCGAUACAGGAGCUAGACGAACGAGAGACCAAACAACGAGAUAAAGAAAGAGAGAAGCUACAUAAGCAGUUUGUUAAAAAGCUAGGGGGCGCAGACUGUCUUAUUGGGAUUGGAAGGAAUACUGCCAGCGAAGCUGCUCCAGUUGGGGAGGAUGGCGCAGACGACGAUGAGGACGAAGACGCGGCGCCUCCCCCUCCUACGAAAGGAAAAGGCACGGCUAAGAAAGGCGGGAGCAAGCUUACUCCGAUGGAAAAGCAGGUCAUUGAAAUUAAGAAAAAGCACAUGGAUACAGUUCUGGUCAUCGAAGUCGGUUACAAGUUUCGAUUCUUUGGUGAAGAUGCGCGGGUAGCUGCCAAGGAGCUGAGUAUUGUCUGCAUUCCUGGCAAAUUCAGAUUUGACGAGCAUCCCUCGGAAGCUCAUCUCGAUCGGUUCGCAUCUGCGAGUAUACCCGUACACAGGCUACAUGUGCAUGUCAAGCGUUUGAUUACUGCCGGGCAUAAAGUUGGAGUGGUUAGGCAGAUUGAAACUGCUGCACUAAAAGCUGCUGGCGAUAACCGCAAUGCACCCUUUGUCCGCAAACUUACAAAUUUGUACACGAAGGGCACAUAUAUUGACGACGUGGAGGGACUGGAAGGGCCUGCUCCUACUGCAUCUCCAGCAACAGGAUAUAUGCUCUGCAUAACUGAAGCGAAUGCCAAAGGCUGGGGCAACGACGAGAAGACCCAUGUGGGAAUUGUUGCCGUCCAACCGGCCACUGGAGACGUAAUUUAUGACGACUUUGAGGAUGGUUUCAUGAGAAGUGAGGUUGAGACAAGGUUACUUCAUAUCGCACCUUGUGAGAUCCUCAUUGUCGGUGAAUUGUCCAAAGCCACAGAGAAGCUCGUUCAACAUCUUUCAGGUAGCAAGAUGAAUGUCUUUGGCGAUGCGGUGCGAGUUGAUAGGGCCCCUAAGAAAAAGACUGCAGCUGCCGAGUGUCAUAGCCACGUCUCGAGCUUUUAUGCCAAUAAAAUGAAGACUGCAAACAACACAGCCGAUGUACAGGCAAGUAGUCUACUGCAGAAAGUACUCAAUUUGCCCGAACAGGUCACUAUCUGUCUUUCAGCUAUGAUUGAGCACAUGACAGAUUACGGGCUGGAGCAUGUCUUCGAGCUUACGAAGUACUUCCAACAUUUCUCUUCUCGGUCACAUAUGCUUCUCAACGGUAAUACAUUAAUGAGCCUUGAGAUAUACCAAAACCAGACCGACUACUCCGCUAAAGGAAGUCUUUUCUGGACCUUGGAUCGAACAAGGACGCGUUUUGGACAAAGAAUGCUUCGAAAAUGGGUUGGAAGGCCUUUGCUUGACAAGUCACGGCUGGAGGAAAGGAUUAAUGCAGUCGAGGAACUCCUGAAUCCGGAGCGAACCGUUCAAGUGGAGAGAGUGAAAGGCUUGCUUGGUAAAGUCAAGAGUGAUUUGGAAAAGAGCCUGAUUCGCAUUUACUAUGGAAAGUGCACACGACCGGAACUUCUGACUGUCCUCCAGACGAUGCAGAUGAUUGCCCAGGAAUUUGCGGAUAUCAAAGCUCCCGCAGAUACUGGAUUUACGUCGCCCGUGGUCAGUGAGGCCAUUGCAUCCCUACCGACAAUUUUGAAGGAUGUCGUGUUCUUCCUCGACAAGAUAAACAUGUACGCGGCGAAGAAGGAUGAUAAGUACGAAUUUUUCAGAGAAUCGGAAGAGACCGAAGACAUCAGUGAACAGAAGCUUGGGAUAGCUAGCGUCGAACAUGAGCUCGAGGAGCAUCGCUCGGCUGCUGGCGAAGCUAUAGGGAAGCAGAAAGUGGUAUAUACCACUGUUGCGGGCAUUGAGUACCUGAUCGAGGUUGAGAACAGUUCGGCCACUCUCAAACGGGUGCCUGCAUCGUGGGUGAAGGUCAGCGGCACAAAGAAACUUUCGCGAUUCCACACACCAGAGGUUAUCCAGUUACUUCGACAGCGAGAUCAGCACAAAGAAGCUCUGGCUGCGGCUUGUGACAAGGCGUUCACGGCUCUUCUUGCGGAGCUAGCCACCAGCUACCAGUCUUUCCGUGACUGUGUACAAUCUUUGGCGAUGCUCGACUGUCUACUUUCUCUAGCUACUAUAGCGAGCCAGCCCGGAUAUGUCAAGCCUGAGUAUACGGAGCAUGCAUGUAUCUCAGUGAAUCAAGGACGCCACCCAAUGGUUGAACAGCUUCUACUCGACAGCUACGUCCCUAAUGAUAUCGAUAUGGAUACAGAUAAAACCCGUGCGCUCCUUGUCACAGGUCCAAACAUGGGUGGAAAGUCCAGCUAUGUGCGGCAGGUGGCCCUUAUCGCUAUUAUGGGGCAGAUCGGUUCUUAUGUCCCUGCUCAAUCGGCAAAGCUGGGUAUGCUAGAUGCAGUCUUCACUCGCAUGGGGGCGUUCGACAAUAUGUUGGCUGGUGAAUCUACUUUCAUGGUCGAAUUGUCCGAGACGGCCGACAUACUCAAACAAGCUACGCCUCGUUCGCUUGUCAUUCUCGACGAACUGGGUCGGGGCACUUCUACCCAUGACGGUGUUGCCAUUGCACAGGCAGUCCUGGACUAUAUGGUCCGGUCCAUUCGAAGUCUCACACUCUUCAUCACACACUACCAGCACCUCUCCAACAUGGUGCACUCUUUUCGUGACAAAGAGCUCCAAAACGUGCACAUGCGCUUCACAGAAUCGGGCUCCGGGAAAGACGAGGAUAUUACUUUCUUGUAUGAGGUUGGAGAAGGCGUCGCACAUCGCAGUUACGGGUUGAACGUUGCACGGUUGGCGAACUUACCGGCAUCCCUACUUGAUCUGGCCAAGCAGAAGAGUGCGGAGUUAGAAGAGAAGAUUCGUCGCCGGAGACUUGCGGGACUCGUCACGGCGGUUGGUGAUAUUAUGGUGGAUUCUCCAAUGGGGAAUGAGAGCUUGAUUGAGCGACUCAUUACUAGUGCGGAGCAGUUAUAG